CGGGGCCAGGGCCGCGCUGCCCAGGCUACGGGGACUGAGGAGGCGCCACCGGGUUGCAGAGGCAGAGCAGCUGCAGUCAGUUGAGGAAACUUUGAGUGGGAUGUAGAGAUACCCCACCCCCACCCCACCAGCACUACUUCAUCCCAGAUCCUGUUGUGAAGGCCCAGAGGAACUAAGGACACAUUCCCCUUGCCCCACCAGGGGCCUGAGCUUCUCUUCCAUACCUGUGGGACGAUCAAGCCAGGGGCCAGAGCUCCCAGCACGGAAAGCCAUACCCACGUUUGCAGGCAGCCUGCCCUGCGCCAGUGCCCACUACAGGGUGCCAGGUACAUCUGCCUCCCAGCCUCUGGUGCCCACACUGCUAUGUACCACAGGUGGCUGGGCAAGUGCAGUCCCUGCGGAGGGCAGGUCCAGCUUGUGGAGGCCCCAGUCCUCCCCCAAAGUCCUGCACCUGCCCCAAACUGGGGCUUGAGGGGUCUGCCCUGAUGGGUAAGGGUCCCUGAGCUGUGAACCAGUCCUGGGCAGAGUCAGCUGCCCCACCUGCCCACAUGCUCGGCUGUGAUGAGAGCAUAGCCCAGCCCCAAGCUGGCUGCACCUCUCAGAACACCAGCCCUGCAGGCACAGGCAGGUUCCCUUUCUUAGGCCAGCAGGAGAGUGGGGUCCUCUGACAGAGACCUCACAGGGUCACCUGACCAGCACCUUCCCUUGUAGCCACACCCACUCGCCUGGGUCUAUGGCCACAGUCGGGGAGUGGUCCUGUGCCCGCUGCACCUUCCUGAACCCCGCGGGCCAGCGCCAGUGCUCCAUCUGUGAGGCUCCCCGGCACAAACCUGACCUCGACCAGAUCCUGCGGCUCAGCGUGGAAGAGCAGAAAUGGCCCUGCGCCCGCUGCACCUUCCGGAACCUCCUAGGCAGGGAGGCCUGUGAAUUAUGCGGCUUCAUCCCAGAGCCUUUGCCUGGGGCCACCCUGCCCAUCAUCAAUGGGGCCCUCCCCAAGCCACCCACUGUCCUGGCAGAGCCUAAGGGCAGCUGCAAGGAGGAGGCAGGUCCAGUGCGGACAGCGGGGCUGGUAGCCAUGGAGCCAGCCGUGAGGCACCCCGAAUUGGAGGCAGAGGAGGCAGCACCAGGAAAAGGCUGGGCGUGCCCACGAUGCACUCUAUACAACACGCCUGUGGCCAGUUCUUGCUCUGCCUGCGGGGGGCCGCGGAAGCUCUCACUGCCCAGGAUCCCACCUGAGGCCCUGGUGGUCCCUGAAGUUGUGGCACCUGCUGGCUUCCAUGCUGUGCCUGCAGUGCCCCACCUGGGCCUGCCCACGGACAGUGUUGAGGCUGACCCAGCCCCUGCUGGCCAAGAAUCCCCCAGGGUGCCACCCUUUAGCCCCUUCUCAGCUACCAUGCAGAACAACCCAGUACCCCGCAGCCGCCGGGAGGUCCCCCCCCAGUUGCAGCCACUGGUGCCUGAGGCUGCUCAGCCCUCGCCCCCUAGUGGCUCCAGAGGGCCCCUCCAGGGCCCAGGGCGGGCCUCAGCUGGGGCCUCAGCUGGGGCCUCCCGCCUGGCAGAGCUGCUGUCAGGGAAGCGCUUGAGUGUGCUAGAGGAGGAGGCCAUGGAGGCCAGCCCCACCCACAUGGAGGCCAGCAGCUCCACUUUAGGCAGCGACAUCAUAGACCUGGCAGGGGACACAGUACGCUACACACCUGCCAGCCCCUCCAGCCCCGACUUCACCACCUGGUCUUGUGCCAGGUGCACACUCAGGAACCCCACAGCGGUCCCCAGGUGCACAGUCUGCGGCUGCUCCAAGCUGCAUGGCUUCCAGGAACACAGUGAGCCACCUGCCCGCUGCCCUGACUGCAUCGCUGACAAGCCUGGCCCCUGCAGCAACAGCUGUGGACGGAUGCCCUUAGCUCACAAGGCCACCCGCCUCUUGCCUGAGCGCCCUGGCCAGUGGGCCUGCCCCGCAUGCACCCUGCUCAACACACCUCAGGCCAACCACUGCGCUGCCUGCCAUACGCCCCAGCUCCUGGUGGCCCAGCGCCGAGGGACUGCACCCCUGCGGCGCAGGGAGAGCAUGCAUGUGGAGAAGCGGCGGCAGACAGAUGAGGGCGAAGCCAAGGCCCUGUGGGAGAACAUCGUGGCCUUCUGCCGUGAGAACAGCGUGAACUUUGUGGAUGACAGCUUCCCUCCUGGGCCAGAGUCAGUGGGCUUCCCUGUGGGUGACAGCGUCCAGCAGCGUGUGAAGCAGUGGCUUCGGCCCCAUGAGAUCAACUGCUCUGUCUUCAGAGACCAGGGGGCCCCAUGGUCUGUCUUCCACACACUCCGGCCCUCAGACAUCCUACAGGGGCUUCUGGGGAACUGCUGGUUCCUGAGUGCACUGGCAGUGCUGGCUGAGCGGCCAGACCUAGUUGAGCGGGUGAUGGUCACACGUAGCCUAUGUGCGGAAGGCGCCUAUCAGGUGCGUCUGUGCAAGGACGGCACGUGGACGACGGUGCUGGUGGAUGACAUGCUGCCCUGCGAUGAGGCUGGCUUCCUUCUCUUCUCGCAGGCGCAGCGGAAGCAGCUCUGGGUGGCCCUCAUCGAGAAGGCGCUGGCCAAGCUGCACGGUUCCUACUUUGCACUCCAGGCGGGGCGUGCCAUCGAAGGCUUGGCCACGCUCACCGGCGCCCCCUGCGAGAGCCUGGCGCUGCAGGUCAGCUCCACUAACCCCCGCGAGGAGCCCGUUGACACUGACCUCAUCUGGGCCAAAAUGCUGAGUUCUAAGGAGGCUGGGUUCCUAAUGGGUGCCUCCUGCGGUGGGGGGAACAUGAAGGUGGAUGACUCUGCCUACGAGAGCCUGGGCCUGCGCCCUCGCCAUGCAUACUCCAUCCUGGAUGUCCGCGAUAUCCAGGGCACCAGGCUCCUACGGCUCCGGAACCCGUGGGGCCGCUUCUCCUGGAAUGGCAGCUGGUCAGACGAAUGGCCACACUGGCCAGUGCACCUGCGUGGUGAGCUCAUGCCACGUGGCAGCAGUGAGGGCGUUUUCUGGAUGGAAUACAGUGACUUCAUCAGGUACUUUGACUCUGUGGACAUCUGCAAGGUGCACUCAGAUUGGCAGGAGGCACGCGUUCAGGGCUGCUUCCCCAGUUCGGCCAGUGGGCCUGUGGGUGUGACAGCACUAACGGUGCUUGAGCGGGCUUCGCUGGAGUUUGCGCUCUUCCAGGAGGGCAGCAGCUUCUGGUAUCUGGCCUGCAGGCGCUCAGAUGCAGUGGACAGCCACCUCUUGGACCUGUGCAUCCUGGUAUUCCGGGCUACCUUUGGCAACGGCGGCCACUUGAGCUUGGGCCGCCUCCUAGCCCACAGCAAACGCGCUGUCAAGAAGUUUGUCAACUGUGAUGUCAUGCUGGAGCCCGGCGAGUAUGCGGUGGUGUGCUGUGCCUUCAACCAUUGGAGCCCCACCCCACCGGGUCCCCCCUCUGUGCAAGCUUCUAGCCCCUCAGCAGGAGUCCCACGCAGUGUCCCUGAGCCACCUGGCCACGUGCUAGCUGUGUACAGCUCUCGGUUGGUCAUGGUAGAGCCAGUGGAGGCCCAGCCAACCACACUGGCCGACGCCAUCAUCCUGCUCACGGAAAGCCGGGGCGAACGCCAUGAGGGCCGGGAGGGCAUGACCUGCUACUACCUAACACACGGCUGGGCGGGGCUCAUCGUGGUGGUGGAGAACCGGCAUCCAAGAUCCUUCCUACAUGUGCAGUGCGACUGCACAGACAGCUUCAAUGUGGUGUCCACACGUGGCAGCCUGCGCACCCAGGACAGUGUGCCACCCCUGCACAGGCAGGUCCUAGUGAUCCUGUCCCAGCUGGAGGGCAACGCCGGGUUCUCCAUCACCCACCGCUUGGCACACCGCAAGGCAGCCCAGGCCUUCCUCAGUGACUGGACAGUCUCCAAGGGCUCCCACAGCCCCCCACUCACGCCUGAGGUGGCUGGUCUACAUGGGCCCCGGCCACUGUAACCACCGUGCCUGGGGCUGGGCUGUGAGCAGAUGGAUACCCACCUGCCCUCCACAUGCACUUUAUGAGGGAGACCCCGAUGGAGGAUGAUUGAGCCAGAAUCUCAGGACCCUGCCCAGGGAGCCUCUGGUUGCAGCUUCCCAUGGGCCCCCAGCACCCAUAGUCCACCUGACCAGGCCUUCUGGCAGCCAAGCAGAAUACCUCGAACUAGGCAGGCUGUAGCCAACCUCUGGGGCAGCUUCAGCAAGGCGAGUCUGAGGCCAAGCUGCCUCUCCCCGGGGACUUGGGGACUCCUGCCAGAGCAAGGGUGACCAAGAGCUAUUCACAAAACCAAAUCUGGUGUCAGAGGUUACCACUUUGAUGAGAUCAGUGACCACCAUCUGUGGGCCCUGAGGUCAGAACCUUCUUGGCCUGCUCCAGAGCCCAGUUCCUGGUUCCCUGGAGGUGCCCCAGAGCCUGGCACCAAGAGGCAUGUCCUGGGAGGCAGGUGCCUGUCUCCGGAAGGAGGGUGUCUCCUAUCUAACCGCCCCCUCCAGUGACACUAUGCAAUUCAUGGAGCACCCUCUAGGACUGAAGCCAUGACCAGGGUGGCAGGGUGGGGAGCCUGGCCCAGCCUACUGUCUGGGGAGGCACCUUGUCCUCAGCUCUGCCAGCCUACUGCCAGGCAGGCCAGGGUCCAGCAGAGUCCUUGGCCAGCCUGGUCCAUGGCCUUGGCCCUGUGGCAGAGAGGGACCCUCAGCCCCAUCACAGGCACAAGCAGGGUGCAGCUGAUCCCACCUCCCCCCAACCAAAAGCCCAGGGAGCUGAGUCACCCAUCUGCCUAGCAUCACCCCCAGCCGCUUUGAAGGCCAACUUCCUGGGUCCCCCAGCUGGCCCUCACUGCCCUGCCGCCCCCAGCCCUCAUAUCCUUGGGGCCUGUGGGGUUUUUACACAUAGAAGAACAUUCCCCUCUUCCCUUUGGGCAUCCUUUUACUCUGAGCUGUGAAUAUUUUUAACCCUGUAAAUAUGGCCAGCUCUUCUGACACAGAGACUAUUUUAUCACUUGUCAGUCCCCAUCCCUGUACAAUACAGUUCUCCAUGGGUGGUUUCCAGACUCAGGCUCCAAUGGACCAAAUAAAAGCAUUUUGUUUUAUA